AUGGAUGUGUUAACGGAUAGCGUAGAAAGUACGUUGAAAAGCCUGCAAGAUAAGAGAAAUUUUCUUGCUGAACAAAGAGAGCAUUAUAUAGAUAUCAGAGGCCGACUGGUUAGCUUCAACAAUGAUAACGAUGGGGGUGAAGAAGAGGCCGAAGGCCAAGGGAUGGUGUUUGGCGACAUCAUAAUUUCUACCAGAAAGAUAUACUUGAAUCUAGGCUAUGAGUACUACGUUGAAAAGACCAAAGAGGAGGCCAUCACAUCUGUUGAUGAUAAAUUAAAACUAAUGGAGGACGCCAUUGAGCAGUUUGAUCUGAAGAUCGAAGAGGCUAAAAAGACCUUAGACAAUUUGAAUUUUAUGGAGACUGGAGCUGAAACUGAAAAACAGGAGGCGGAUGACGACCAAGAUUUCCUGCCCUCCAUGGAGAUUAGAGAAGAAUUAGAUGAGGAGGGAAACGUCAUAAGUAGCUCCGUUACUCCUACAACAAAGCAAUCAUCGCAGUCGAAGUCCAAAAAGGAAGAGGAAUAUUUGGUCGGCCAAAAGGAGGAACGAUUACCAGAGGAGAAGAAAUCGAAUUCAUUUGAAGAAAAUUUAAAGGGAAGGCUAUCGAAAAGGAACAAUGAAAUAAAGAGAAAAGUAGAACCAUCUAAAGUGGAUACAGAAAACGUGUACACAUUCGCCGAUUUAGUCCAGCAGAUGGACCAACAGGACGAAUUGGAGGACGGGUCUAUUGGCGCUGAUGAGAUAAGUUAUGAUUAUGAUGCGUUCGAAAACUCCAAUUUCAAAGUUAAUGGGUAUAACUAUAAAGAGGAUGACGAGGAUGAAGAUGAAGAAGAGUAUUUGAAUCAUUCCAUUAUACCUGGUUUUGAAGCACAGUCCUCAUUUUUAAAACAAAUUCAACAACUACGCGCACAAAAGCUAUCUCAAGAACAUAAGCAGGAAGAAGGUGAAGUUAGCAAUCCAUUGAAACCUAUUUUAAAGAAGGCUUCUAUUACUGAGGAGUCUGUCAAACACCAGAAGAAGAAGCAAGUUGGGUUUGCCUCUUCUCUUGAAAUUCACGAAGUUGAAAACUUGAAAGAAGAGAACAAGAGACAAAUGCAAUCUUUUGGGGUCCCCACGUAUGAUGACCAGGAAACCAUCGGUAUCGCUAAUGAAAUGACAUCGGGCGAGUUUGAUGGUGAUUUAUUUGCCAAGAUGUUGGGUGUCCAAGAGGCCGAUGAAGUGCAUGAAAAAUAUAGAGAAGAACUGAUAAAUCAAGAGAGGCAUGAAGGGGAAGCAAACAGGCCGAAUGGGAGAAACAGGGUGUCCAGAUUCAGGAAGGAUAGAGCCUUUAAGAAACAAGACACGUCACAAGCCUUCAGAUACGAAAAUAGGAAGCCAGCGGUGGGCGAAAUAGUGGAAAAAGAACCAGUUGCGGAAGAUGUUAUAGAGAAGGAACCGGCUGUCAGGGACAUAGUGGAAAGGGAAUCUUCAGUGGGAGAUAUCAUAGAAAAGGAACCGGCUGUAAACGACAUAAUAGAGAGAAGACCAGUUGUAGAAGAUAUUGUGGAAAAAGAACUGGCUCUCAGCAACAUAGUGGAAAGAGAGCCGGAAACCGAUAGUAACAGCGAAUUUGAGACUCCAUUUAAAAAGAAAAAUCUGAAAUCAUUGCAAAAACCAAGAUCAUCGAAAUCAAUGAAGAAGAAAUUUGAUCCCAAAAUUUUCGAGAAUAUAAGUGAUGAUGAUGAUGAUGAUAGUAAUGGUGAUAAGAAACUCGUGCUCGAUCAAAGUAAAAGUAGUGCGGAUGAGCAAGAGAGGUUUCCUUCAAAGAUCCAAGAAGUGUCUAGAUCGAUGGCUCAGACAGGAGCCACGGUAGGAGAUAAGCCGGUUAGAAUUACAAAUGUUGACUAUCACGCACUAGGUGGGAAUUUGGAUGAUAUGGUCAAGGCAUAUUCAUUGGGGUUAUAUGACGACGAUUUAGAGGAAGAUCCAGGAACCAUAGUGGAGAAGCUCGAGGAUUUCAAAGAGUACAAUAAACAGGUGGAAUUGCUGCGUGACGAAAUUCAAGAUUUCCAACUUGAAAACCAGCAAGUGGCGACGGAGGAGGAGGAAGAGGAAAACGACGGUAAUGUUGUGGUGGAUGUCGUAGAACAUGAGUUUCCUGAAAGUUACAUAAAUGACGAAGACGAAGUAGCACUACAUCCAGAUCGGUUGCAGGAAGCGGUUGCAGUGGAGUACAGACGGUUGAAGGAAACUGCGGCGUCGAAAUGGCAGUCAUCAUCGCCCACCGCUCAUGCAGAAGGCGAAUUGGAGCCCAUUGACAAGUUCGGGAACCCCGUCAAGACAAGUCGCUUCCGCUCUCAACGACUUCACAUGGACGGUAAAACAUAG